GUCGUCGUCGUCGUCGUCGUCGUCGUCGUCGUCGUCGUCGUCGUCGUCGUCGUCGUCGUCGUCGUCGUCGUCGUCGUCGCCGCCGCCGCCGCCGUCGUCACCGUUAUAUCGAUAUUUUGUCCGAUAAUCUCGACAUGAGGCCAUUCUUGGUACUCGCAAUCGUCUACUUGCUGGCCAAGAUCGUCGAUUGCCGAGCUGUUGAAAAUGACACUGAAGCGCGGUACAAAAAUGAGCGCGGUAAACGACGACACAAGUUCUCCUUCGAGGAACUACUUAACGCCAAGUUUCCACACAUUAUCACUGGAGAUUUAGACAUUGAUAUUUGCAAGGCAGAACAAUGUUUAUUCAACAUCCAACCUUUGAAUAUGGCAAGCAGUAAAAUUCGAUUUCAGACGUUUCAUUUACAGCGUGUACAGCGUGAAACAAUUAAUUAUGUGGGCGGAUUUCUCGGUGACAUUGCACUACCAAAUAUCAAAUACGACACGGAAUGGCGCGAGCAAAAAUUAAAUAAAAGUUAUUUAGAAGAAUUGGAAAAAUAUAGAGAAGAAAUAUUAAAUGAAGGUCUACAGGUGGAAGAGGAAGGCCUUACAGAAAUUUUCCAGUUUAAGAGCGAACACGAUGCUAACAAACACAUGCUCCACGAGCACGAUGAGACGAUCGUUCAAGAGAAGCCAGAGCCUAUUUCGAUAGACCGCGACCAAUACAGUACCGAUGAUAAAGGUUUUACCCUUAGCGCUGGAAAUGAUGAUACUAAUCCCGCAGUGAAAGACGAGGGUCUCGAAUUCAGAUUGGAGUCCUCGACUCAGGCUUCGAAGAAAAGGCACUCUGGACGACAAGCUCAUCGACAGCUUUCCAGGAGGACUUCAAUAUCAAAAUCAAUGAAAGCCAGACAAACGAAUAACAUGCCUCUCGAAUUUUCAACCUCUACGACUUUAACUCUCGAGGAUAAUAAAUAUGUGGGUCGCAUACAUACAGACGGUGUCAAGGAAACAUUUACCAUGAAACCUGAAACGGAUACGCAAAAUGUAUCAAACCGACGACGACAACGACGACGACGACGACGACGUCAUCAUCGUAGAAGAAUUUUGCAAAGAUACUCCCACAGUCAUUGUAAUCGACGAACGCAUAGCCCUAUCACCGAUGCGUCGGACGAAAUUAUCUCUGUACACGAUCGACGCCUUCGUUCUAUCGAAUUCUACGAUAUAGAACACAAGCCAAAAUACUUGAUGAACAAGAGCGGCACGAGACACGCGUAUUUAAGCAGAAUGCGUCGGGCGGCUACCGCGAGAAAGGAACGAGUGUGGGACCACGGUGUGAUUCCCUACGAGAUCGAUGGAAAUUUUUCCGGCGCACACAAAGCCUUGUUCAAGCAGGCGAUGAGACAUUGGGAAAACUUUACUUGCGUCAAAUUUGUAGAGAGGGUGCCUAGAGAGCAUCCCAAUUACAUUUUGUUUACGGAAAGACCUUGCGGAUGUUGCUCUUUCGUUGGAAAGAGAGGUAACGGACCGCAAGCUAUUAGCAUUGGAAAAAACUGUGACAAAUUCGGUAUAGUUGUACACGAAUUGGGUCACGUCGUUGGAUUUUGGCACGAGCAUACACGACCGGAUCGUGAUCGUCAUGUACAAAUCAUCCGCGAUAAUAUUAUGAGUGGUCAGGAGUACAAUUUUAACAAGUUGACAGAGGAAGAAGUAAACUCGCUUGGGUUGCCCUAUGAUUAUGACUCUAUUAUGCACUAUGCAAAGAAUACCUUUUCAAAAGGCACUUAUCUAGAUACAAUUUUACCUAUGGAGACUCAUGGAAAAAAGAGACCCGAGAUUGGACAAAGAAUCAGAUUGAGCGAGGGCGACAUUGCACAAACGAAUCUUUUAUACAAGUGUCACAAAUGCGGUAGAACUUUUCAGGAGAACAGUGGUAGUUUCGGAUCACCGAAUCAUCCGAAUAAUUCUCCGUCUAUCGAUGGGGAACGAUGCGAGUGGCGAAUUACAGCUACGCAUGGCGAACGUAUCGUAUUAAAUAUCACGUCCCUCGACAUAUUCAAAAGUGAUUAUUGCCGCAGCGAUUAUCUCGAGAUACGAGAUGGAUACUGGUAUAAGAGCCGAGUAUUAGGUCGAUAUUGCGGCAGUGGAAAGAUGCACGAACCAAUAGUGUCGAGUGCAAGUCGGAUGCUGGUAACGUACGUGACGUCUAGCAGGCAAACUGGUCACCGUGGUUUCACAGCGAAUUACGAGGCUGUUUGCGGUGGCGAUGUCGAAUUAGAUGGUAUAGGACAUCUGGAGUCACCAAAUUAUCCAGAGGAAUAUCAAUCCAGCAAAGAGUGCGUGUGGAAAUUGUCCGUACCUCAGGAUUAUCAAGUGGCCUUGAAAUUUCAGUCUUUCGAGAUCGAGAACCAUGACAAUUGCGUGUACGACUACGUCGAAGUGCGUGACGGACAUAACAACGAUUCCCCUUUGAUCGGCGUUUAUUGUGGAUACAAGAUACCACCAGAUAUUAAGUCGACGGGGAACAAACUGCUCGUCAAGUUCGUCAGUGACGGUUCCGUUCAAAAGGCUGGUUUUUCGGCAACUUUUAUGAAAGAAUUCGACGAGUGCGUGUUAACGGAACACGGUUGUGAACACGAUUGUAUCAAUACGCUAGGUGGAUACGAAUGUUCUUGUAAAAUUGGUUACGAGUUACACUCUGACGGCAAACAUUGCGAAGAUGCCUGUGGUGGAUUUUUCGACGAUAACAAUGGCACCAUUACGAGUCCAUCGUUUCCCGAAACUUAUCCAGGAAAUAAAAAUUGCGUUUGGGAAAUUAUCGCUCCGCCUCAAUAUCGCAUCACACUAAAUUUCACGCAUUUCGAUCUCGAAGGUAACAACGUGUACCAGGAAGAAUGCGAGUACGAUUCGGUGGAAGUGGCGAGCAAGCUUGGCGAUGAUGUUGUCAGAAAGCAUGGGAUAUUUUGUGGAGCACGAUUACCACCACUUAUCACAUCCGAAGGCAACUUUAUGAGGAUUACCUUUACAUCCGACAAUAGCGUCCAAAAAUCAGGCUUUGCUGCUGUAUUUUUCACGGAUAUGGACGAGUGUGCCAAUAACAACGGUGGAUGUCAGCACGAGUGCAAAAAUACGAUAGGUUCGUAUCAGUGCUCUUGCCACAAUGGAUUCACACUUGACGAAAACGGUCACGAUUGCAAAGAGGGUGGCUGCAAAUACGAAAUUACCGCACCCGUGGGGACGAUCAAAUCACCAAAUUAUCCAGAUUAUUAUCCUGGCCGUAAAGAUUGCGUUUGGCAUUUUACUACGAAACCAGGCCAUCGGAUAAAAUUGGUAUUUAAAGUUUUCGAGAUGGAACCGCAUCAAGAAUGCGCCUACGAUCACAUAAUUAUUUACGACGGAGAUUCACCAGACAGCAUUAUCUUGGGUAGAUUUUGCGGUAACAAAGAACCUCAUCCGAUUCUCGCUACAGGCAAUCAAAUGUUUAUGGUUUUCAAGAGCGAUGCUUCCGUGCAGAGAAAAGGUUUUUUGGCCACGCAUAGCACAGCUUGCGGUGGUCAUCUCAUGGCAACCGAUAGAGUGAAACAUUUAUAUUCUCACGCCAAGUACGGUCAUUAUCAUUACGAUCAUAGAACCGACUGUGACUGGGUAAUAGAAGCACCACUCGGCAAAAACGUUCACUUAUCUUUCCUUUCGUUUCAACUGGAAUACGAAACCGAAUGUGGAUACGAUUUUGUCGAAGUUUUUUCCGGUUUAGACGCCUCUAGUCCACCGUAUGGUCGAUUUUGCGGUAAUUCCAAUACUACCGAUUUUAUUUCCAUGAACGAGGCGCUACUGGUAAGAUUCAGAACGGAUGAUACAAUCUCGAACAAAGGCUUCGUAGCCAUUUUCGUGGCGAUUGAUCGGCAGGAUAGCGAGGAAAAUUUUGGUGGUGAAGACAACGAAGAUCAGGAAAACAUUUGAUCCUUGCCUCGACCACACUCCAAUCAAUUGGCAUGAUUAAAUUCGGAGUUGAAUACUUUUGUGACAAGUAUCAAUUACGAGUACUAGCCUGACAAUACAUUACGUCUUCUAUUCUAUUAUGUAUGCUGGAUAAAAUAUUCAUCCUUGUUAGAAAACAUGUUGAUUCCUGGAAAAAAGUAUAUACACGUAUGUGUGUAAUCACAUAAUCAUCGACGAACACGAAGCGACGUUUGCAUCGCGUUAGAUGCAGUUAACUAAUUUCAUAUAGCUGAUAUACACAAGAUUUUUACGAGUCUUGGAUCGAAAAUAUGUCGAUUAGCGUCCUAGUGUUACAUAUAUUCUUUCAAGCCAUACUAAAACAAUAGAUCGAGUUAAGCAAUGAAAAGUUCAAAGAUACAAUAGCAAUCGCGGAAAAUCAUGACGUAUAGUUUUUUUUUGUUUGUGUCUCGUUAGAGCACAACGAAAUUGUAAAUUAAAACAUGAGGAAUGUUUUAAGAAAUAUAAUUAUCAAGUUUUUUUAAAUACGAAAUAUAUUGGAACAAUCAAUAACGUAUUAUUAUUUAAGUUGAAUUAUUCAGGUAAAAAAUUUCUUAACACGUAAGAAUUGAUAUACGGUACGGUUAAAUAUUUAAGUACGGUUGAAUACUUGAAAUCAAUUUCCAUUCAUACGAAGCAAUCUCGUUUACACGCCUUCUCACUCGUUUAAAUUAUAUACAAUAGCGAUAAUUACACGAAUAUUUACAGUUUCCGUCGAUAGAUAUAUGAUGACAUAAAAUAUUGAACGUGGCCUAUAAAUACGGAUUAUUUGCGUGCCAUACGUAAUAUAGCUAGGAUAUACACGAUUGAUUAAUUAAGAGUUAAUUUUAAAUUAAUAAGAUUGUUCGAGGAAAGAACUAAGAUAAUUAACAACGCAUCAUUUAAUAACGUCACAUCACACUUGUAACAUGUACACACAAAAAUUAGGUAUAAGAUAUCAAUAUACAAUAGAAAUCAUAAUUAAUAUAUCGAUAGAAAGAAGAAAAUCUUUUCUCAUUGAUAUCGUUCUCACAAAAAGAACAAGCACUGCCCAAGUGACAGUAAUAUCGAUACUUUAUACGUCUCAUAUGUAUUACAAUAUGAAAUGAUUAGAUAUAUAGUAAGAGAGAAAAUUAGAUUUACAUGAUAAAAAGCAUUACGUAUCAAACAUAUAUAUUACAACAUUAAUGCGGCGCAUCGACGAUCCACCGGUCUACAGUCUCGCGGUAUAUUUGUUUCGCAAUGCACGUGAUUAGAAACGGGUGUAAAAGAUUCGCACGAUAAAUUUGGUUGAAAGUUGAUAUUAAUGAAAGCAAUAUAUGUAUCUCCAGGAGAUAAAAAAAGGGGUUUCGUAGAUAUUUCACUUUCCAUUCUUCAUAUUACACUUUUCAAUUAGAAGCGAUCGUCAAGAUGCAACACAACAUGUUUUCUGUAAACAUGAGCGUAGAUAAAUAUAAAAUAUGUGAUAUUUAAAUAAGUACAUGCGUAUUUGUGUGCGAAUGUGCGUACGCUUGCGUUGUUUGCGAGGGAGUAACCGGUAUUUUGUCGUUUACUACGCUUACUGUAAAUAAAUAAACUCAAUAGUAUACACACACACAAAUAUAAAUAUAUGGACAUGUAACAAUAUUAAUAUUUAGCAAUGUACUGAAUUAUUAUAUAUAAAUAU